AUGACUAUUGAAGAAUACUAUAAAGAGAUGGAGAUGACAUUGAUGAGAGCCUGCAUAGAGGAAGAAUAUGAAGCAACAAUGGUUUGUUUUCUGAAUGGCCUAAACAUUGAUAAUAGGGAUGUUGUGGAAUUGCAAGAAUAUGUGGAGAUGGAAGAUUUGUUGUACAAGGUUGUACAGGUUGAACAACAGCUAAAGAGAAAAGGUAUAGCAAGGAAGAAUUCUUCCAGUUCUUAUAAUCCAAACUGGAAGGAUAGAUCUAAGAAGAAAGGAGGAAAUUCAUUUAGUUCAGCAGUGACUCCUCCACAAAGGAAAUCACCAACAAAGCUAAAUACAUAUGUUUUCCCCACUAGAACUAGAAACAUCAAAUGCUUCAAAUGCUUGGGAAGAGGACAUAUUGCUUCUGAAUGCCCAACCAGGAGGAUCAUGAUCAUGAAGGAGGAUGGGCAAAUCACUAGUGAAUCUAAACCUGAUGAAGAAGAAGUGGAGGAAAAGUUAGAAGAGGAAGCAUUACAGGGUGAUAUACUAAUGGUAAGGAGGUUGUUGGGAAGUCAGAUACAACCACUUGAGCAAACCCAAAGGGAAAAUAUUUUCCACACUAGAUGUUCCAUCAAAGGUAAAUUAUGCUCUUUAAUAGUUGAUGGUGGAAGCUGUACUAAUGUGGCUAGUUCCAAAUUGGUAUCUAAAUUAAAUUUGGGAACCAAACCACAUCCUAGGCCAUACAAACUUCAAUGGCUUAGUGAAGAUGGAGAGAUGAAAGUAACUCAGCAGGUUGAGGUAUGCUUCUCAAUUGGAAGUGUUGAAUUUCUUUUGCAAGAAUAUAAGGAUGUGUUUCCAAAGGAGUUACUAAAUGGAUUGCCACCUUUGAGGGGAAUUAAACACCAUAUUGAUCUCAUUCCAAGAGUGUCAUUGCCCAACCGACUAGUAUAUAGAAGUAAUCCCCAAGAGACCAAAGAGAUCCAAAGGCAAGUCGAAAAAUUGAUGAGCAAAGGAUGGGUACAAGAGAGCAUGAGCCCAUGUGCAGUUCCACUCAUUUUAGUCCCUAAGAAGGAUGGAACAUGGAGGAUGUGCACUGAUUGUAGAGCCAUCAACAACAUCACAGUUAAGUAUAGGCAUCCUAUUCCUAGGUUAGAUGACUUAUUGGAUGAAUUGCAUGGUGCUUGUAUUUUCUCUACAAUUGACUUGAAAAGUGGGUACCAUCAAAUUAGGAUUAGGGAAGGGGAUGAAUGGAAAAGUGCCUUUAAAACUAAGUAUGGUUUGUAUGAGUGGCUAGUGAUACCCUUUGGGUUAAAUUAUGCCCCCAGCACUUUUAUGAGAUUGAUGAACCAUGUCUUAAAGGAAUUUUUAGGCAAAUGUGUUGUGGUGUACUUUGAUGAUAUUCAGAUAUAUAGCAUUAACUUUGAUUUGCAUGUUGAACAUUUAAGUGUUGUCAUGAAUGUGCUGAGAAAGGAAAAAUUGUUUGCUAAUAUUGAAAAAUGUACCUUUUGCACUGAUGAUGUUGUGUUCUUGGGAUUUGUUGUGAGUUCUAAAGGGGUACAAGUUGAUGAGGAAAAGAUUAGAGUCAUCCAAGAGUGGUCUACCCCUAAGAAUGUGAGUGAAGUGAGAGGCUUUCAUGGGUUAGCUACUUUCUAUAGGAGGUUCUCCAAAAUGGCACAUUUCAUACCAUGCAAAAAGGUUAAUGAUGCUUGCCAUGUAGCAAACAUGUUUUUCAAGGAAGCUGUGCAACACCAUGGACUGCCCACAAGCAUUGUAAGUGAUAGGGAUACCAAGUUCUUAAGUCAUUUUUGGAGAACAUUGUGGGGAGAUGAAUUCAUAGCUUUGAGGACAAAUACUACCCAAGAAGGAGAGAAUGAUGUGGACAUAAAAGCCCAAACCCAAGAGGCCCAUGAUUAG